GUAUGAUGAUUUAUGUUGGCUUUUUGAUGAGAGAUAAGAAUCAUCAUGGAAGGAAGCACGACGAUUGGUUUGAUACGGAGCGAUAACACUAGCCAAGGCCGGAGGCAAACUGGGCAGCGGCAAAAGUGACAAUUUGACCCAUUAUGAUAAUUUGCGUUAUAAUCGCGCAUCAAACCAUAUGGAACUUUUGCUCUCAAUUGUGUUAAUGCAAAAGGCCCUGAUUGAAAUGCUUUUUCCCGUGGUAGUAGAUAAUGAACCGAGAGAUCCAUCGGUUUAAGAUACAAUACAAAAAGGGGAAAUGAAAAGCCUAGGCUGUUGCGUUAGGCUAAAGUGAGGACGAAGGCGGAAAGCGGGAGCAAUGGUAAAAUAUAAGGAAGCUGCUACACAACGUUGUUUCAAAGGGUAAUCAUCAGACCGUGAGAGGAGGAACUGUGUUUCUUGCUUUCGCACACAUGUUUUUUUUUCAUUUUCUUGCUCGCGAUGAGAAACAUUUUUUGUAUGCGUGUGUGUUAAGAACUUGAACGUUCAGCGAGGAACCAUGAAAUCGUACAGGUUCGCCCUUUUUUCGGUUUUAUGCCCCUGUCGUGCGUAAGGUAGCCAUUAGAUGAUCCGUGCAGAUGGUAAUGACGGCGAUGGAGGGAACGGCGGCGGUUGCGGCCGAUAACUCACAGUGUCCACCUAGUAAAACGGUCGAUCUCAUUUGAAUUGAGCGCCAUCAGCGCAGGAGUCAAGUGAUAGCGAAAAUCCUUUUUCAUCUUAGGCGUAGCGACGACGACGGAUAUUGACAUUGGGCGCGUAUAAGGCCGUCCUGUGUUGUUCACUAUUUUCACUCAUAAGUCCUUUCCUUUUUGCUGCUUUCCUCGGUUUCGUAUCCCUCGUUUGUCACCCGACUCGGUUUGUUUUACCAUUUAUUGCGUCAUUUUUAGUUAGCGAACAAUUUGUAGCACAUAAGGCAUCAUGAAACAGGGCUGCUCCCUUGGCCCGCCUAGAACACUUUAGUUUUUCCUCCUCUUUGUCUCUUCAACGCUGAGCCGAGCAAACGAGCUACGAGUGCGGGACCUGUCGUCUCAUUUUUGUAAAAGUGCAUCUUGUACGAAAAUAUCAGCGCGAUGCUACCAGCAAGGCCAACAUCAACAGCAACAACAAAAGGCGUAGGCGUGAGUGCGUGCGUAAAACAUCUUCGAAUAAUAAGCAUAAAAUUGUACACGACAUUAGACCAGCGAUGGCAAGUGCGAGACAAAGCUGCCGGAGCGAACUUAAGCAUGCGAGCGAAGAGGAGAGGAUGAUGGUGAUGCGAAUGGGCAAGAAAUACAGCAAAAUUAAAACGAAA